UUUUGUGGAUCAGUUCUUUGUUCUAUCUUUAAAUUUUUAAACUGUGUUCAAGACAUCAUGAGUGAAUCGAAGAAUAUUGAUAUCAAAAAAACGUUUAAAAAUCCGUUAUUAGAGGGAGUGCGGUGGUCUGAAAAAUAUUCAAAGCGAUUGUCCAGAGUGUGGACGAUUUUACCUUUAUACUUGAAAAAUCUUAUUAUUACUGCUUCUCUACUUUCGUUUGCUGCAACUCUCAAAGGUGAUUGGAUCGUUAUCGUGGUGCACCUACUGAAACAAUUUGGGGUUGAAUACCCUUCAAAUUCGGACGAUGAUUCUGCUCAAACCAUCCUUAUGCGCUAUAAUCUGAAUGACCUGACGUUCUAUAUUAUAGCAGCUGUACUGGGCUCCUACCUUAUCUACUUCGCAAUCGGCGGGUUUAUCCACUGGUAUUUCUAUGUUUGCCGUAGAGAUAAAGCUCACGAAUGGAAGUGCCAGCCGGAAAAGUUUCUCUCGCCCGAGCUGGAGCUUCACGAGAUAAUGGUUGGAGCUUCGUCCUUGCUUGUCGUUAGCGUUAUAUCCGGCGUUAUUGCAUGUUAUGCUAUGAAUAACGGCAGCAUGCUUACUAUCUAUUACGCAUGUAACGAGUACGGAUGGCUCUGGUUUUGGCUUCAGUUCGUCGCUAUAUUUAUCUAUCAGGACUACACAACGUACUGGGUCCAUCGGAUAUUCCACUGGCCAUGGCUAUAUAAAAACUUCCACAAACUGCAUCACACCUACAAGCAGCCAACGGCUUUCUCCGUAACGGCAAGCCAUCCGGUGGAGAUUAUUUUCACUCAACUUGUAAUGCUCAUUCCGAUUGUCACUGUUCCUGUCCACUGGGCACCGUUCUACAUCGUUGUGGUUUAUGCUUACUGCCAUGGGAUUUUGAGCCAUUCCGGUGUUAAUUUCAAGUCCUUCUGGUGGCAACCAUGGCAGCCGGACACCAUCUUCCAUGACAAUCAUCAUCAGUACUUCCACGUCAACUUCGGUUUUAAUAUUUACUAUUGGGACAUUCUGCACGGGACGUAUCGCCAAAAAGAUCGGGUCUACUCGGAAAAUAUUUUCUAUGGACGAGGGAAAAAGCUGGACGAAGUGUCAAGGGAAGUGCUGCAGACAGACAUCAUAGAGAGAAAUCUGGAAAAUCCACAGGCAUAUCGGAACAACUUACAUCGCUACAAACUGAACCAAAAGGACUUGAAUCGGCUUGGUGGAAGCGAUGGAAUCAAACCCAGAUAGAUGGAAGCGCUUCGACCCACCUGGUAGUGAAAUUGUUGCGUUUAUUUUAUUAUGCUGCAUAGGCAUAAGAUAAU